UCUUUUCAAAAAAAGCUGAUGAGGUCGGAAAAAAGGGAGAAGGAACCGGCACCGUCUUUGCAGCGGCAACAGAAGCAGCAAUUGUUUGGGCGAAAAAAGAAGCGAGAGAGGGAAAGAAGGAAAAGAGCAGAAAGAGGGGACGACGCGCAACUGUCUGUGGGGGUGAAGGGAGCCCAGACCGGCGAUUUGAGGGGGACCAGCUACAAAAGAAACUGUCAUUGGGAUCGCUGCGCCGGGAAGGAAGCAGCGCUGCCCAGCUCAGCUCCCGGGCUCUGAAGACUGGCGGCCGCUGCCCUGUAGGCGUCACAGUCUGGGGGCACAGGCCGGGGGGCCGGGAGACGUUGGCAAAGUGGCACCGGACGCCAAGCUGCCGGGCUCUCGCCGAGAGGAAGGCGGGACUGGCUGCGCCCGGGGAUCGUAGCAGCUCCCCAAACUCAGAGCUUGGCCUGCGCAUCCCAGGAUCACCCAGAUCGCUGGAGAGCCCCCCAGAAAACCGGGAAAGGAAGGAAAAAACAGCGACGGCAGUUCCAUGAGCGUCUACAGUAGGAAAUCUGGACUGGCUUGGUCCUAGGCGGGAAGUUACCGGUGGGCUGCCCAGUGCAGCCGUGAUGCUGCGGCCAGCUGCCCCAGCAAUCCCGGCCCCUUAGACGCUUCCCGCAGCGUUCUCCCGCUUCCACCCGCUGCUGAGAGUCCCGGGACCCGGUGGGGCCGGCAUGACCGGCUUGCCGAGGGCCCGCCGAGCGCCCGGCCGUCUCCGGAGCCGCGAGCGGAGCCUGGCUCCCACGGCCUCUGAGGCUCGGCGGGGCUGCGGCAGGCGGGCGGGCGGGCUCCGGCACCUUCCCGCGCGGCGUUAGCCCGCGGCUGGGCCGGGACGCAACUGCAGGCUCCUCCAAGAGAAGCCGAGGCCACCAAGGAGUCGUGAAGACCUGUAACUUGCGGGCCACGGAACUGCUACUCCUGUUUGCCUUCUGAGAUCUUCUUUAACUCUCCGGAGCACGUCAGCAUCCAGCCAUCGCGGCGCUCUCCCGGUAGCGGAGGACUCAGGACUACCCCUUUCGGCGAGACGGAUGGAGACCGAGCCCCUCCGAGGACCUGCCCCUCCAGUUUUGGCUCUCGCGGCUCAUGUCACCACCGUGAACAAGGGACCCUAAAGAAUGGCCGAGCCUUGGGGGAACGAGUUGGCGUCCGCAGCUGCCAGGGGGGACCUAGAGCAACUCAAUAGUUUGUUGCAAAAUAAUGUAAACGUCAAUGCACAAAAUGGAUUUGGAAGGACUGCGCUGCAGGUUAUGAAACUCGGAAAUCCCGAAAUCGCCAGGAAACUACUACUGAGCGGUGCUAAUCCCGAUUUGAAAGACCGAACUGGUUUCGCUGUCAUUCAUGAUGCAGCCAGAGCAGGUUUCCUGGACACUUUACAGACUUUGCUGGAGUUUCAAGCUGAUGUUAACAUCCAGGAUAAUGAAGGGAACCUGCCCUUGCAUUUGGCUGCCAAAGAAGGCCACCUCCCCGUGGUUGAGUUCCUUGUGAAGCACACGGCCAGCAACGUGGGGCAUCGGAACCAUAAGGGGGAUACCGCCUGUGACUUGGCCAGGCUGUACAGGAGGAACGAGGUCGUUAGUUUGAUGGAGGGAAACCGGGCAGAGGGAGCUACGAAUCUGCAGUGAAUGUGGGGAGGGCUCUCCCACACUGCCUAAUAUUUUGUCAGUCAUUGAUUACCUAUCCUAUCUUUAAUAUCAUUUGUUAAAAUUCAGUUUUGUCAUAUUUUAAGCAUCUAGUUAAAUCUUCUGAAACUGCUAAGUGGAAAUCUUAACUACAGGUUUAUGACUAUAUUUAAGCGACAUUAUUUUCACCAGCAAAAUCCUGAGUUCUAACAUGUAAUUGCGAAUAGUUUUUGGCUUUCUUCUGAAUAUUUUAUCGUUUCUUGACUUUUUUUCUUCUUUCUCCCUUUGCCAGUCUCAGUACCCAACUUGGAGACUUUGUUUUUCAAAUGGUUUGUCCUGAUGUUUCUUUUGCCUAAUUAAAACACUUUUUAAAACAGGA